UUGCCAACUCUAUAUAUGAUUGCAGGUGCACCAACAGCUGGGCAGUCAGUAGGAGUUUCUUUUGAUGAGUCGUCCGUGCAAGAGUUGAGUUGCACAGCUUCACAGUAUUCUGGUCUGAGUGGAGACAUUACAUUUGGAUGGUACAGAAAAGAGAAUGGGAUUGAUUCAGCUAUUGCAUUAGACUCUCGAGUAACAACUUCAACGAAUUAUGAAGGUUUGGGCAAAUUUACUGGGAAAUUGAAAUUUACGUCUGUCAAGCGUUCUGAUAGAGGAUUAAUCAAGUGCAGUGCUUUUAACAAGUAUGGUGCUAGUGAUAUGUCUUCAGCUAUAUCAGUUGAUGUCAAAUAUGCUCCUGAAAUUGUUAAAAUUAGACCAUCCAAUCCAGUAGGAGUGAAAGGACAGAGUAUCACUUUAAACUGUUCUGCUGGUGGUAAUCCCUCUCCAGAUUAUGAAUGGAGAGGAGGCAAGAGUGCAAAAGGAUCUACUCUUGAACUAACAUCACUUGAAUUUAAGGAUGAAGGGACAUACAGAUGUGUUGCUAGUAACACUAUUGAAGCUGGUGCAAAGUCCAGUAGUGCAUCAGUACAGUUGAUAAUUGAAGGUCCUCCACAGAGAUGUGUUGUGUUGUCAGUCAAAAGCUAUAAUGACUCUGAAGUGAAUGUCAAAGUCAACUGUCCCGAAAAUGGAAACUCAAGUGUAACUGUAUAUCAUAUAGAAUAUCAAUUGGAUGAUGGCACCAGCAACAUGCUGUGGGAAGAAAGAGAAUUCAGUGCUACUGAUUCUCAACCGUUUGUUGUUGUUGGUCUCAGUCCAUUUACAAAUUACAGCUUUAGAGCAACAGCAAGCAACAGGCAUGGCUAUGAACCUGGAAGUUUGGCAGCCGUUAAUGUGGUAUCUGUGACUACUGCUGAAGGCUAUCCCGGUUCUCCCAAUUUAGUGAGUUUAUCAGGAAAUGCUUCUGCUCACUGGUUUGUUGUGUCUUGGUCACCUCCCAGUCCACCUAAUGGUGUUCCUCGCUAUUACUUUGUUUACUACAAACCAAUUGGUGUUCGUCAAGUGAGAGAUGUGGAUGGGUACAAGAUACUGAAUGCAACAGCCACAUGGGCCAAUUUGACAAUGCUCACUCCAUUUACACAAUAUAGUGUUGAGGUGGCAGCAGUGAACGUUCGGUCUCAUGAUGGUAAGGUGUUGGAAGGACAAAGAAGUACUGCCAUUGUUGCCAACACAUCAGAAGAUGCUGCUACAACUGCACCACGUUCCCUAAAAUAUUCUUUUAUUUCACCACAUACAGUCACUGUAAUGUGGAGUGAACCUGAAACACCAAAUGGAGUUAUCAGAUAUUACAUUGUUGAAUACAUGCUGUCAGAUGGGACUGGAGACAAAACACGUGUUAAAUUUGUGAAAGAGCGUAUGCAAGAGAUUGGUGGUCUAAUACCGUCAACAAAUUAUAAUGUCACAGUUCGAGCUUUCACAGUUGGUGUUGGACCAGCAGCAUCCAUUACUGUUAUGGCAGCUGCUAUAACACCAACUCCACCUCAGAAUUUGAGAAAUUCAAGUGUGACAUCAAACUUAAUUAUUCUACAAUGGGAGAGGCCUAUUAGCUAUAAUGGUGCUUUUCAGUACUACACUGUUUACAACAGUAUUGGUAAUGCUUCAUACAGCAAGAGUUCCGACAUCGAGAGUCAUGAAAACCUAUACGUCUUGAAGGGCCUCAAACCGUACACCGAGUACAAAGUAUAUCUGACAGUAACGAAUAACGCAAGGUCCAAUCCAGAAAGUUCCCCUAGUAACAUGAUUACAGUACGCACACUGGCAGCUUCUCCUCAGACACCAGACAAACCUUUAGCUAGUGAUUUUGCAUCAUCAACGUCAGCUGUAGUAUUUGUACCUCCUACUGUGAAUGAUGAAAAUGGUCCAAUAGAGUAUGUUGAUAUUAUUGUUUAUGAGGGUACCACUGGAUCUAAUGCUCCUUCGGUAUCUAGUGUACCACGUAUUGUAGGACCGUAUGAGCAACAGGGCACAGACAACACAUGGUAUGUAACAGCUCGAUACAGUUACAUGAGUUACAAACAGAACAUACAAGGGAAGCAGUUUAUCGUUGGAACUGAUUCAACGUCUGGUGAAAACAAUGAGUACAAAAAUGUUCCACUUAAGUCUGAUUCGACUUACUUUAUAUAUAUUCGUGUGGUUGCAAUGUUGGAUAAUGGAAGUGGGAUGAAAGAAACAGCAAUUGGUGAACCACUAAGAGUUUUGACAAAGGCAGAAGAGUUACCAUCAAAGGGAGGAUCAAGUUCUGUGUUGAUCAUCACAGUUGCUGUUACACUAAGUGUCAUCAUUCUUGUGCUAAUCAUCACACUUUUUGUUUUUCUGAAGAAGAAUUACAGAUGUGCUAGAAAAGAGAUGACAUUGGAGCCUGUCAGAUGUGAUAGCGUCAUUACCAAUCCUAAAGUAACAUCUGGAAGAAGUAAAUGUUUGGAGACAAGCACUGAGAUAAUGACAGUUAAUAGCUUAUACACUACUACAGGUGCAGGCAGCAGUGAUGAAUCACGUGGAUAUGUAGAGGUUAGAGCUGUUGCAGUUGAUCAAGACAGGAAGAAUGAGGAACCAUUGUAUGAGAGUAUGGAUGGUGAAUCGGUACUUUGAUCUCAAUGUAAUAAAAGAGAAAACUUUUUUAUAACGAUUUGUGGCUUUUUCGGACAUUUAAAAUGCAUUUCUUAGUUCUUGCAUGUGUUGUAUGUUGUAGCUAGUCUGUAUGAAGGGUUAGCUAGAAGUGAGAAGAAUAAUUAACUUCGUAUUGUUUGGGAUUAUCUGCUUGUGAGAAGAUAAUUAAAGCUGAAUAGAGUGUAAACAAACAAGUUUUACAAGAAAAA